AUGCUCUUCCAGAAGCUCGCCAUUGCUACUGCUCUGACCGCCCUUGUUGCGGCUCAAGAGAUAGACCAGGACGAUAUCCCCCAACAGUGCACGCAAGUAUGCGCAGAGGUUGUGACCAUUGCCCGUGACUGCGACAGACAAUCGAACGACAAUGCUGAGAUUCAGUGCAUUUGCCGCGCCAACAAUGCCAACACACUACUUCCCGCUUGCGAUGCUUGCGUCCAGCAGUACGACCGCGACUUGGACGACGACAACGAUAGGAACGACAACGACGUUCGCGAGAUUCUCAGAAGCUGCAACUUCUCAGUCCAGAGUACCUUCACGUUGUCCAGUGGUGGCACCGCCGCUGCUACGGCGCUGCCUUCUCUCUCUGCUACCCCAACAGCAGGCAAUACCUUCGUCAAUGCCCAGACAUCUGUAAAUGCAGCAGCUACUACAGCUGCCGGUUCGCAAAUCUCUCAAAAUGCUGCGCCCGCUGUUACUGCCGCGGCUGGUAUGGCCGGUAUGGGACUUGGUGCACUUGGACUCGCACUUGGUAUGAUCUAA